AUGGCGGCGUCACUCCAGCGACCGGGGAAUCGGCUCUUCCGAACGUACGGGGCUGUGGGCGGCAGGAGGCCGCGGCGGCGGCCGGACCGGGCAGCCGCGCAGUGGUUCCCGCCGCAAGAGCGGAAGCGUUUUUUCAGCAGCAGCAGUAGCAGCGACGCCAGCAGCGGCGGCCCCUCGCAGUCUAACGCUUCCGACGACCCCGACGACCCUGACUUCCUCGGCAUUCCGGUAGGUCAGCGGCGGAGGCGCCCUGGCGGUCGAGCCUCCAAGGACCGGCUGAGUCUGGUCGCGACGCCACGACGCCCCAGGCUGCGAGCUCGGCCUCCGCAGAAGUGCAGCACCCCCUGCGGCCCGCUCGGACCGCCGGCCUUCCCUAACGGCAACCCAGGCCGCCUCAGCCCGGACCUCAGCGCGUGCAGCCAGCCCGGGGACGGCGGCGAGCUGGGCACCAGUGCCUCCCUGUUCAGCAGUCUGGCCUCUCCCGGCCCCUCCGCCUCUCCGGAUGCGGCCUCCGAAGUUCCGGGCGGCUUCCACCUUCCAGUGGCCUCCCCGGGCCCAGCACCCCUCCACGGCUUCCAGGAGGCAGCAACAGGAGGAGGCAGGUUCACCAGGUUGGCCCAUCGAGCCCAUGCCAGUCUCAGGUCCGCUGUCUUUAGUUUUAUGGACUGUGGAAACCCUGAAGAUUAUGAGUUUGGGGCCGAUGGGAGGAAUAUGAGGGAGUCUUGCUGUGAAAGGAAACGGGCUGGGAAGAGGCUGGAGAGGCCAGGUUUAUCAAGCAUGGGUAAGAAGAGGGCCACAGACCAGGACUCCUGUCAAGAGAUCGGGUCUCCAGGGGCUGCCCAGAUGGACUACGAGGCAGAUGGCUGCAAGGGCUGUAUUGUACCUGGGGAAAUCAACGGGCUGGAGAGAACUAGGCCUAGGCGAAAAAGGAAACUUCAGGAAACAGUAGAAACCUCCCUUCUCCAUUACCACCAGUUUAAGAAGAGCCAAAAGAUGGGAAAAGAUUCAUUCCUAGCCCAGGACCUGGCUCAUUUACAGAAUGCCUGCUCUUGGACCAAAGCCAGGGCUUCCUUCAGUUUCCACAAGAAGAAGAUGGUGACUGCUGUGUCAGAAGUAUGUAGCAGCCACACCAUUGCCAGUUCUCUCUCUGAGUCCCUCAUAUCCGAAUAUUCAAACCCUCCCGUUAUGAACAGAACAAACAGUGCUCUAUCUCCUUGGCACUGCUCUUCCAUGUAUUUGCUAACCCCCUUAAAGACACUACAUGUCACAGACAAAAAGGCAUCUGACGCUGAAAAGGUUUAUGGGGAAUGCAAUCAGGAAGGUCCUAUCCCCUUUAGCUAUUGCCUUUCCACAGAAAAACUGGAGUGCUGUCAGAAGAUUGGGGAAGGGGUGUUUGGAGAAGUGUUUCAAACAGUUACUAAUCACACACCUGUUGCCCUAAAAAUCAUUGCUAUUGAAGGACCAGAUUUAGUCAAUGGAGCCCAUCAGAAAACUUUUGAGGAAAUUCUGCCUGAGAUCAUCAUCUCCAAAGAGUUGAGCCUCUUGUCUGAUGAGGUAUGCAACCGUACGGAAGGCUUUAUUGGUUUGAACUCCGUGCACUGUGUUCAAGGAUCUUACCCUCCCUUGCUCCUCAGAGCCUGGGACCAUUAUAACUCAACUAAGGGUUCUGCAAAUGACCGGCCUGACUUUUUUGAGGAAGACCAGCUCUUCAUUGUACUGGAAUUUGAGUUUGGAGGAAUUGACUUAGAGCAAAUGAGAACGAAGUUGUCCUCCAUGGCUACUGCAAAGAGCAUCCUGCACCAAAUCACAGCAUCCCUCGCAGUGGCAGAGGCAUCACUGCACUUUGAGCACCGAGACUUACACUGGGGGAACGUGCUCUUAAAGAAAACCAGCCUCAAAGAGCUCCACUACACCCUCAAUGGGAAGACAAGCACUAUCCCCACCCGGGGAGUGGAAGUCAAUAUCAUUGACUACACACUGUCACGGUUGGAGCGGGAUGGGAUUGUGGUGUUCUGUGACAUUUCCAUGGAUGAGGACCUAUUUACAGGUGAAGGUGACUACCAGUUUGAGAUCUACAGGCUAAUGAGGAAGGAGAACAACAACCGCUGGGGUGAAUAUCACCCUUAUAAUAAUGUGCUCUGGCUCCAUUACCUCACAGAUAAGAUUCUGAAACAGAUGACCUUCAAGAUUCAAUGUAACACCCCAGCCAUGAAACAAAUGAAGAGAAAGAUCCAGCAUUUCUAUAGGACAAUGCUGAACUUCAGCUCUGCCACUGACUUGCUUUGCCAACACAGUCUAUUUAAGUAAGCCAGAGGUGCCUUAUUGGCCCAAACUGAGAGGACACUGGUCUUCCAGCCCCUGAUGCUAUUUUCAGUCUCCAUCCCCAGAGCAGGGUGGAAUUCCCAUUCUAUAUGUUUCUAG